AAAACGUCAUGCAUGUCUAUAAACAUCUAUAAAUUUUAGCUCUCGCCAAAAACAAUGAGUUUCUAAACUCAUUCAGAACAUUUGAUCUUCGAUUUCAUCAAGGACAGAAAAAUAUUCGUAAUGGGUGAUUUUGCGUCAAUCCCAAAAACUGACGGUCCACCAGAUGAAUCAAUAAAAGAAUUGGGAUGUACACAUUACAAAAGAAAAUGCAAAUUUGUCUCGCCUUGUUGUGGCAAAAUAUAUGUGUGUCGUUUCUGCCACGAUGAAAAUGAAAACCAUGUGAUAAAUAGGAAAGAAAUUAAGGAAGUUGUUUGUGCAGUUUGUGAACUGCAACAACCUAUUCAAGCCAAUUGUGAAAAAUGCGGUGCUCUAUUUGGAAAUUAUACAUGUUUGACAUGUAAUCUCUUCGAUGAUGAGGAUAAAAAGCAAUUUCAUUGUGAAGGAUGUGGAAUAUGCAGAAUUGGAGGUGCUGAUAGAUUUUUCCACUGUGGAAAGUGCAAUAUGUGUCUGCCUGUGCAGUUGCAAGACAAUCAUAAAUGUGUUGAAAAUGUGUCAAGAUCUAAUUGUCCAGUGUGUUUGGAAGACAUACAUACUUCCAGAAUACCUUGUCAUAUUCCCAAUUGUGGCCACUUGUUGCACCGUACCUGUUUUGAGCAGCUUCUUCACUCUGGAAUGUAUGCCUGUCCUUUAUGCCAAACAUCUGUGAUGGAUAUGACAGAAUUAUGGAAGUAUCUAGAUAAUGAAAUUGCCAAUACCCCCAUGCCUAGUGAUUAUUUUAAUCUAAUGGUUGAAAUAUUAUGCAAAGAUUGCCACCAGAAAUGUGUGGUAAAAUUUCAUGUGCUUGGACAUAAAUGUGUUCACUGUGGAUCCUACAAUACAUGCCGUAUAAAAGCUGAGAGGGUGCCACUUGAAGAUCCACCAACUAAUAAUGAAAAUCCAGAAACGUCUGAAGAUGAUGAAGAGGUGCCUGCCAAUGGUUGUUAAAAUGCUCUUUUGUACCAAUUUAUAAAAAGAUUUCUAUGCUAGUCUUAGAAACUAUAGGUAAAUGCAUAAAAUUUGUAUAAUAUAUUAUAAACACGGGUCAUUUAGGUCUGAUUUUACGAACAUGUCAAGCAGCUUAUAAUAAUUUACUCAUGAUUCAACAACUGUUGUAAAAUUGGACUUUAUAAUUUGAUGUUCACCUGACAAUUUACUUUCUUGUAUUGCUUAAUACAGGUUGUUUAUAGAUUUUGAAAAUUUAAAUAAAUAAUGAUAAGAA